UUGCAGGCCCUCUGUAUAACAGAGAAGAGCAUAACGCCAGAAACUUCAGAAAUUCAGGAAUAUUGAUCGAGAAUAAUAUGCCACUAAACAAUCUAGCAAUGACCCGUUUAUGUCAGAUACCGGCACGGCACACUGGCAUUGCAAGUCUUUGCAUACAGCUUAUUGGUCUAGUGAUGAGUGCAGCUCUCACACUACAUCUAAUACUUCAUCUCAACAGUAUAACAAUAUCCAGAAACAUUAAGCAACAAUUAAAACGACCUGCAGCAACAUAUACUAUGACUCUCAUCAAUAUAACAAAGAUGAAUGUAGCAGAGAUAAGCGAAAAUAUGAACUUGCCAGAGGAAAUCAUUUGGAAUAGAAGUUCUGCUUCAAACGUGAGUGGAAAUAGUACGAAUGGUGAAAUUGGACUUCAAUUAGACCUUACCGAAUUGAUACAGAUAUCAACAAGCGUCUAUGCUGGAAUGUGCAUUCUAUGGUUACUUUCGCUUAUAUUAUUACUAGCAUCAAUCAAACUCGAAGGUCUGGAUUUAAUCAUCAUGAAUUCUGUGCUCUUAACCAUUGCCAUGAUUUAUGCCAUUACUCAUGCUCUCUUCGUCUCCAUACUCUUCAUAUACCAUAAACAGAUUCCAUGGAUCACUCUUGCCAUAACAAGUACUGUUGUUCUUGGAUUUGCCCUAACUUCAAUUAUUUGCGGUUUCGCUCUUGCCUUUAACGUCGCGUGGUAUAGAUACGUUGUAUACGUGAACGAUAAUGACCAGUGUAUAUGUCCUUCGAUAGUUGCACAUUUGUGCAAACAGCAUCGACAACAACAACAACGGCCAACACAAGAUUAUAGCAUCGCGGAAGCAACACGACAUUCCAAUUUAUCACAUGAUAACGAAUUCCCUAUCCACAGUUUCAGUCGUUUAUGA